AAACAGUGCUGGCAGCUUCAUCUCGGUCUCGGCUCGGUUAAAAAAAGUGUAGUGUAAACGGGCCUUUUGUCCAAACGCUGCGCCGCUGCAGAUCUCCGUCCGACUGCGCCAUGUCUAGAUCAGCGCAUGGCCGCGGAUAGGGAGGAGAUCUGCGGUCUAUACGCGGGAAAAGCGCACGGACUCUGUUUUUUGCGAAAGGAGGGAGGGAGGGCAAUGCAUUGACGUUUUUGUUGCAAACUGAAAGCAGACUGCUUCAGAUCUCAUGUGCAGGCUCGAACUGCUGCAUUUGCUGUUUUUUUCUUUCCACGCACAUUGUUUUGGACGCUUCCUUGAAGUAAAGUAAUGGACGCGUUGCGCUCAAAGUGCCAUGCGAUGUAAGGAGCCUGUUUACGCACCAUCUUUACGCCUUUAAUGUAGAUGAGCGGAGACGUCGCCUCCUCUCAGGUGGCUUUUACGUGCAGCGCUGCAGCGUCACUGGAUAAACUGCAGCGCGGUCGGUGUUAGGUUGUAGUCGGAGGGAUGGUGGCGGAGAUGGCGAGCUGUGGAGCAGCUUGCGACCUGGACGACGGAGACAGGGAUGUCCCUGACCUGCAGAAGAAAGAUAACCUGUCAGAGACCGACGGUAGCAUUUCAGAGAAUACGGGAACAUCCACUGAGGACAGCUCGGAGGAGGAGGAUGAAGAAGAAGAAGAGGAGGAGAAUUCAGCAGAAUGUGGUGCUGAAGAUGAUGAACGGGGGGCUGACAGUAAAGAGGUCAAACCAGAGGAAUCUAAAAAUGGGAUUUCGGGAUCUGAAGGGGCAGAAGCUGAACCUCAAGCCGCCGCUGUAAACGGGAGAGAUGAACCAUUUAAGUUAUGCUGUGAAAAAUGUAAAGCCGUCCGUCAGACCCAUGGCACGGAGCUUGUUAGACCUCAGAGGAUGUCAAAGGGACGUUUCCAGUUGCAGCUGGAAGGAGAAGGCACGUACGAGUGUUCGGUCACUGGUCUGGUCUUUGAAGCGAGCGAGCGGGUUCUGGUGCGGUAUUCGGUCCUAUCCUGGUCCAAGUUCAGUUCGUUCCUGCCAAGCUCCUGGAAAUUCGCUGGACCAAUCUUCAACGUCGAAACUGUCAACAAGGACGCGUCCGUCCUUACCUCGAUCCAGUUCCCCCACUCAAUCUGCUUAGCCCAUCCAGAAGAGGACCUGACCUUCAACGUCCUGCACAUUAAGGAUAACCGUCCGCUCGUUGAGCCGACAGCGGACCACACAGGAAGCCACGUGAAGUGGAACGUGACGUCCCUGUCUCCCGUCGGCCCAAUCAUUCAGAAGACGGGUUCUGUGGAGCACCACGGGGUGGUUCUGGUCUACAAGCAGCUGGGCGGUGACACCAACAACUACAGCUUCCACGUCUACCUAGCUACAAACAGCGCAUCCGACAUUAAAGAUAUAAGCAAACAAGUUCGGGGCUACAAGAACCGAUACAUCAAGAUCGAUAAGCCGCCCACGUGUAAAUUGGAGGAGGGGACGUACCGCCUCGUCAGCCAGCCAGAGGGAGACAUCAAACCUGAGGAGCUGAAGUUCACGCUCGCGGUGACCAAGAUGAAAGGCUACUUUGAAGCCUUCUUUGAGGAGCGGCCUCCUUUUCAAUUGUCUCUAAUAGAGAUUAACACGGAUGAGACUGUCUGGUCUGCCACCAUCAGAGAAGGUGACUGUGUGGACAGCUCAGAAAAAAAGCCAAGGAAGCGGACAGAUUCUGGCAGACAGAGAAGCAGCAGCCACUCAGAGGAAGAAAUCGGCUGCAAAAGACCAAAAUUUCACGACGUGUCAGAUGGAGUGAAAUCAGGGAAGACUCAGGGACAGGACUUAUCAGAGAAGCAGCUCCUGCAGAUCGCACACCAUCUUGGAAAAGAGUGGAAGCAGGUGGCCAUCUUUGUGGGGAUAGAGACCAAGUGUCUGGAUGACAUCCAGGCAGUAGAAAACUGUGUGCACAUGCAGAAGCUGAAAAUGCUGGUGGAGUGGAAGAAAAGGCAUUCAGGAAAAGCUACGGCAUACCACUUGUGGAACAGUUUGAAGGAUCUGGACUUCUUGCCGAACGAGGUUCAUCAGAAACUGGAAGGUAUGAUGAACGACCAAGCUGCUAAAUAAAGCAGAUAUGUGUUCAGCAGACAGAAAUAUCUGUUGCACCAUCAAAUGGAUGCAGCAAGGAUCUCAGGUGUGCACCGAAGCAGAGUCGACUCGAGGACCAAACUUUUUCAUUGUUGUUUUCUGCACCUAAAACAGACAUUUUUUUUAAACUGCAUGUAAAUACAUUCAAAUGUGGGCCUUUUUUUUCUGUAAGGAGUACAGAUUAAUGAAGGUGUUUUUAAUGUAACAAUGUUUAAUAACGACACAGAGGUCAUUAAGUGGUUUGGUAGCUAAUUAUGUAGCCUGUAGCAGUUGAAAAUGUUGAUGCUGCAAUUUCAGAAAUGAGAAAAAAAUUUCAAUUAACAUGUAAUGUUUAAGUUUAGGGUAAAACCUUGUUGAAUACUGUGGAAAAACAGAUCUGUGUGUCUGUUUUAAGAUUUACAGACUGAAUUUUGAAAUUAUCUUAGAAAGUUUUUUUUUUACCAACUAUUUGCAGAGUUUUGAUUUAUUUUUCUACAUUUGUUUUGACUGUGUCUAUUAGUGUUGUAUUUUAUUUUUUUCAAUGACUGUUUGAAACUGCAGAAAUGCAACAGGUCCAAAAUGUUAUGUUUUAAUGUGAUUCAGGGUUUAUUUGCUGUCUUCCUCAGAUGAAAACGCACAUAUUGUGUUAUGAACAUUUUGGCUAGAUUGUGUAUUUCAGACGGGUACUGUGAAAAAACAGUUCCUCGCAUCUUUGUCCAGUUUUGAGUUUUCUGCUUGUGUGAGUGUAGCUGAAACCUGCUAAUAUUUUUUCUGAAUCUGCUUUCAGAAAUUAGUUGCUCGGAUUUAGAACCUUUAAGAUCAAUAAACAAACUUGACUGUAAACACUUUUUUAGUUACAUGACUUGAAAUACUACUAUAUUACGAUGAGUAGACACUAUUAGACAAUAACUGAACCGGCCAUGUUUGUAAAACAGAAUCUUUUUGUUAUUUCUCAUCUGGAUAUGUUAACUUUCAAAGAAGCAGCUUUACAGAAUUUCCAGCUGAUGCUUUCAUUUGUCCAUCUUGUUUUUGUAGAGUCUAAAUCCCUCUAAAUAUUUUUGGAAUAGAAGUGAACCAUUAAAGUUGAAUUGACCUGGUUGCGGUUACCCGAGAUUCUUUGCUUGAAAAAUGUGGACUCUUGAAACAGACACUAUAUUUUAACAUAUUAAAUCUAAAAGGCAGAGGGAUGUUUACAGCUUCAGUACUGGACCUCUCAUACAUUACAGUGCACGAUGGGCAGAUUUUUGGACGUCAGAGUGUCCAACCCUCAGCAUCUUCAGCUUAUAGAGCAAAGCCUGCUCAGGAUUGGUCGAUUACUCCAUGUUGUCUUCAGAGAUCCAUGUCACCAUAAGACUGAGAGCUUGGCUUCAGGGAAGAUAACUGUCCAUGUGUUUGCAUGCCAGACGUCCUUGGGUCUGUCUUUCGCAGCCCUUGUCUCUGUUAUCUCAUAAUUUGUGACAAAGUGGGGGGAAAAAACAACAUCAGAUGGAUUUUUGUUUUAAUUGAUUCCGUUUUUUGUGUUAUCACAAUGCUGUUUAAAAAAGUAAAUAAAAAAAAGUUGCCGCAAUAUGUUAAAUGAGAACAGUAGCUGGUACUUUGAAAUAAAUGUGGAACAUACAAUAAACAUUUAAAACACAUACAUUUAA